GUCACUGCUGCCGAAGUGCUCAGUAUUCAAAAACUUGUGAAACGCUGCAUGUCUAGCAAAAUUUACUUUUGUAUGGGAAUAUAAAUUUUUGCUGAGAGAUUGGUCAGGCGAAGACUUUGAUAUUGCACCUGUUCUUGUCUGAAGCAGUGGAUUAAGCGUUCACUGCUGUAUCUGUACUAAGUCAGGAACCUGCAGUCACGAUGUGCUGUCUUUCAACCCUAAUCCUUUCACCAAGAAUGAAGCUAUUUAAAAAUUAAGAUGCCAACAGAUCACGAGGAGCCCUGUGGCCCCAGUCUCAGGUCAUUUUGCCUGAAUGGGGGGAUAUGUUAUGUGAUUCCUACUAUUCCCAGCCCAUUCUGUAGGUGCAUUGAGAAUUACACAGGAGCUCGCUGCGAAGAGAUUUUUCUCCCAAGCGCCAGCAUCCAAAGCAGAAGUAACCUGUCGGCAACAUUGGUGGCCCUGGCGAUCCUAGUCACGCUCGCCAUCGCAGCGCUCUGCCUUCUGUGCAGGAAGGGCCACUUUCAGAGGGCCAGUUCAGUCCAGUGUGAGAUCAGCCUGGUGGAGAGAAACACCGGCGCCCACCACAGUCACAGAGAUCACUGAAGGCACGCCCAGUGAAGGGCACUAUUGCGGUCACCUUACACAGGCAGAAAGUAAACUGCACGGUGAGAGAAGGUCACCAAGUCUCCUUCCCUAAAUAGCUCUCCUGUUCCCAAAUUCAACUCUCCCUUUCCCCGUGGACCUGUGACAACCACUGAUGUCUUCACUUCGUACUUUCUGGACUCUAGCGCUGCGAUCAUACGGAGCAUUCUGCCUGCUGAACCAUUUCGGCACUCUAUGCUAAGGUUCCACUCCCUUUCCCUUGGACCAAAGGGAUGGAAAUGUAUUCCUGGAGGCAGCCCUUCUGAACAAACUAGAGCCCCCGCUGCAUUUUCACUUGGCGGUAUAGAGAAGUCGGUGAUUUCAAAGCCUUGCUGCUGACGAUCUCCUGAGCCUCGACUGAGAGGCUGCUCGACUGUCACUUUGUAGCCUUGUCUGGCCUGGAAGUCAUCAGUGUAGACCAAGCUGGUACUGAAUUCAAGAAAUUCUCCUGCCUCAUAGUACUGGCAUACAAUACCACACUGAUUCCUCGAAUUUGUUGUAAGAACCUGAAGCCGUUUCCAUUCACCCUGGGAAAAAAGCAAAGUGCACAGGCUUACUUCUCAGAAGUCAGUGAAGACAGGUUGUCCACCUGGCCUCCAGCCAAGAUGAUGUUCAUAUUGCUGAAAGUGCUGACCACUCGCUGCAGGUAAUUAUUGGCUCCCACCUUACAGCAGUUAUAGCCAAAGACAAGGACCACGCGAAGCUCAGGGUUAUCCAGAAGACCUGCAGAGAAGUGAGAGAUAAGACAGCCUUAAAACACAACGAGCUGUUAGUUAUUCCUGCUGACUGACUGGCACCAGAGGUGCUGUGCAGCACUGAAGUUCCUGGUUUUCCAUUAAUAAAAACCUAAACGGCUAUUUGAAUAUAAUCCAGUCAACGCCUCACACAAGCAAGGACACAGUUGUAGACAGAACAGCAGCCUAGCGGACCAUGUGGGGUUGUUCCACAUUCCAAGUCCACAUGGGCCAGUGACCUAGAGUUUAUAACGUGCUCUAAAAGCAGCUCCACCACUAGCAGGCAGCAUGGCUCAAGGGACCGGUAGUGUCUCAUUCCCAGAGCUCCAAGCUUCCUUCCGAGUCUCUGGCAGCCUGUUUCACAGCAGUCAUUUGAAACCGAACAGUAUUACAACAGGUGGCUUCUGGGACAGGAAGAAAAUGCAGCCCCUAACUACACAGAUGUUUCCAUUUAACUCAGCCACAUGCCUUCCAUGGUGAUAAAAGGAAGGGUCCCUCAGCAAGACUGAAGCAGGCUAGAAGGAAAGGAGCCCCGCCGACCACAAUGCUCAGGCUUGAACAAUUAAGAAUCAAGACUCCCAGCACAUUAGCAUCUAACUCCAUGCUGGUGACCUAGAAUUCUGUCUUAUCAAAUGCCUGUCCUGCAUCCCAGCUUAACUUCUCAGCAAUCCUUUAGUGACAGCUUUUGUAAAGACAAUGACAUGUGACCUUUCUUCUGAGUAGCCCACAUCCACUCUCCCUAAAUAUCUCUCAACCCCCAUGCUGAAAUUUAUAUUAAAAACCUCCUUUAAUAAACUAACUAUGCUUUACACUAGCUCAUCCUGGAAUUCUUUUUUGUGCUGAAAUCUAGGAAACUUUAUCUUUAGGUCACAGCAUGGAGCUGCUGACAAGACAAUCAAUUACAAAUAAAACUUUAGACUCUGCCGCUGGAUCAGUUCUAACCCUCCACAUAGUAAACCUCAAGUUUGCACAGUUCUGAAGGGUCCUCCCUCGUACAGAUGAGUCGGGCACAUCGAGACCCUUUUCUUUUGUGGAACACAUUUUUCUGAGUAGGAAGAAGUCUGUGGAACAACAUUCAAGCCUAGUUUAGAAACGGGUGUCACUUCCAGGAUGUGAUCACUUGGGCCAAUGGCACGGCUAUUCAAGAGAAGUCAGUGUCAAGAGACACUGCAGAAGAUGUGCACCUGACACCAGCCUCUGCUCUCCACACAAAUGCACCUGCAACAUGCGUGCACAUGGAAAAAGGGAAAGUAGUCUCAACCAUCCUGGAAGCCAUCCUGAAGCUCAAGCCUGUUUUCUAAAUAAUCCCACUAUGGGGACAGAGUGCCUGCACCUGUCCAGCCUUCUACGGAGCCCACAUGCAGGGCUUCGAGCAUUAGCUGCCCACACCUUACUGCUCAGCUCCAUCCCUUCCACAGCCAGUCUUACUCUCCUGUUUACAGACAGUGUAAAAGCCAUUCUCAGUAUGUAUAUUCCAGCCUUUGAGCCACAAACCCAAACUUUCCCAUUUUUCUAUUGCUGGUCUUUAAGUUGGGACAAGCUUAACUUUUCCAAACCUAUUUCCUUGUCUGUAAAGUGAAACUAACCUGUAAAAGUUCAAGGACCCAACAGCUGAUUUGCAUAUUAGCAACAAGGAAACCUGACAGGCGGGGAAUUGAUUAUUACGUGACAUGUCUGCAUGCUAAUACAUCAUGGAGGUGUAUGUCCUCAGGCGAACUCAUCUACACACAGACGUGGAGUUAGCACUAAGUCUGAUGAGCACAGUGGUAGUUUUAGCCCAAUCAUCUACUUAACAGAGGGAGACGAUGAAGAAAAGCCUUCACACUGCUUUGCUGGAGUAGCCAGCUGCCUAUGUAUCAAGUAAGUUUCCCCAUCAAAGUCUGACACUAGACCUACUUCAAUUCGUCCACACUUGUUUUCUCAAACUUGGGAGCAAUCCUGACUUUAUUUCCUCACACUUCAAGUCCAUGCCUUCUCUUCCAGCACCAACCUUUUUCUUCUAAAAACUUGUAUAAUAAAUGGUUACUAGGGAUAUUUUUAAAUGUUAAGUUUUUCUGUUUUAAAUAACAAAAAUAAGGCAAAAUUAUUGCUAAAAGUCUACUGAAGAUCAAGAUUCAAAAUUCAGCUACAAUUAAAUGCAUGCAUGCACUCACGGAUCUUACAACUGUCUAUAAUUCUAGUUCCAGGGAAUCUAUGUCCUCGUCUGCUCUCCAUGGGCAGCAGACACACACAUAGUACAUAUACUUACAUACAUGCAAGUAAAAUACUCAUGCGCAAGCUUAGCAACAGAAUAUUUAUAUAAAAGGUAUUCGUCUCGGGUCAUCUAGGACUUCAUGGCAAUAAAACACUUUGAAAUGAAUUGGACCAAUCACCAGCCUUGUCAACAGUAGCCCAGCAGUCACUAGCUGGCCAGAAUUAAAACAGAUGAAGUUAAUCAACAAAUGGGCAAUUAAUAAAUAACAAUGCUGGGUAUGUGCCAUGUACCUGUGAAACCUCAGCACUCAGGAGGCAGAGGCAAGAAGAUUCUGAAAUCAAGGCCAGCCAGAAAUAUAUAGUGAG